AAAGGAGAGUAGAGCGUUGUGAGCGCGUGUAGGCGUGCAUGCACGAUAGUUCCUGUACGGCUGCACCGCGCCUCAGAUUCCUGUAGGCGCCCUUCUCUCCAUGCACUCCCUGCCUGACGUGCACGGCAACUGCAGAGAGAGAUAGAGACACCGAAGCGGGGAGGGAGGGCGAUAAAGAGAAACUUCGUGUGGUUGGGACCGAGCCCGGCAUGUCCGCGGCGGGAUUCAGCGCGCAUAGCUCCGCGUAAACGGCCAACAUCCGCCCGUGAGCGCCGUGACGCAGUGGUGUUACGGGGGGCCCACCGAGGCUGUUGAUGCCGGAUAAAGUUUGUUCGCGGCGCGGCAGAAGAGCGAGGACACCCACUCGAGUGUGACAAGUUGACGCCGAACCAUGGGCACUCUGCGCGACCUGCAGUACGCGCUCCAGGAGAAGAUCGAGGAGCUGCGCCAGCGGGACGCGCUUAUCGACGAGCUGGAGCUGGAGCUGGACCAGAAGGACGAGCUCAUCCAGAGGCUGCAGAACGAGCUGGACAAGUACCGCUCCGUCAUCAAGCCCGCCACGCAGCAGGUCCACAAGCAGAGCGAGCUGCACUCUGAGCAGCAACGCACCAAGAGACAGGCCAUCUCGGCCGAACCAACCGCCUUCGACAUCCACGAUCUCAGUCACGUCACGCUGCCUUUCUACCCCAAAAGUACCCAGUCUAAAGAUCUGAUCAAAGAGGCCAUCCUGGACAACGACUUCAUGAAGAACCUGGAGCUGUCGCAGAUCCAAGAGAUCGUGGACUGCAUGUAUCCCGUAGAGUACGGAAAGGACAGUUGCAUCAUCAAGGAGGGUGAUGUGGGCUCGCUGGUCUACGUCAUGGAAGACGGGAAGGUGGAGGUGACCAAGGAGAGCCUGAAGCUGUGCACCAUGGGCCCGGGGAAGGUGUUUGGAGAGCUGGCCAUUCUCUACAACUGUACCAGGACCGCCACUGUCAAAACACUGACAAAUGUGAAGCUGUGGGCCAUCGACCGCCAAUGCUUCCAGACCAUCAUGAUGAGGACGGGCCUCAUCAAGCACACUGAGUAUAUGGAGUUUUUAAAGAGCGUCCCCACCUUCCACAGCCUGCAGGAGGACAUUCUCAGCAAGCUUUCCGACGUCCUUGAGGAGACCCACUACGAGGAUGGGGAGUACAUCAUCAGACAGGGGGCCAGAGGAGACACCUUCUUCAUCAUCAGUAAAGGAAAGGUGAACGUGACCAGGGAGGACCCCCCCAACGGCGAGCCCGUCUACCUGCGCAGCCUGGGGAAAGGAGACUGGUUUGGAGAAAAGGCCCUGCAAGGGGAGGACAUCCGGACGGCCAACGUCAUUGCAGCGGAGGCGGUCACCUGCCUGGUCAUCGAUCGAGAUUCAUUUAAGCACCUGAUUGGAGGCUUGGAGGACGUGUCCAGCAAGGGCCACGAGGACGUUGACGCCAAAGCCAAGUACGAAGCCGAGAAUGCCUUUUUCUUCAACCUCAACCUGGCCGACUUCAACAUCAUCGACACUCUGGGGGUGGGCGGCUUUGGACGCGUGGAGCUGGUCCAGCUCAAGAGCGACGAAAACAAAACCUUCGCCAUGAAGAUCCUGAAGAAGCGGCACAUUGUGGACACCAGGCAGCAGGAGCACAUCCGCUCGGAAAAGCUCAUCAUGCAGGAGGCCCACUCGGAUUUCAUUGUCAGACUUUAUAGAACGUUCAAGGACAGCAAGUACCUCUACAUGUUGAUGGAAGCUUGCCUUGGAGGAGAACUGUGGACCAUUCUUCGAGACCGAGGCUCCUUUGAGGACUCCACCACCAGGUUUUAUACAGGCUGCGUGGUGGAGGCCUUCGCCUACCUGCACUCCAAAGGCAUCAUCUACAGAGACCUCAAGCCUGAGAACCUGAUCCUGGACCACAGAGGCUACGCCAAGCUGGUGGACUUUGGUUUUGCCAAGAAGAUUGGCUUUGGCAAGAAAACCUGGACUUUCUGCGGCACGCCCGAGUAUGUGGCGCCGGAGAUCAUCCUGAACAAAGGCCACGACAUCUCAGCCGACUACUGGUCGCUGGGAAUCCUCAUGUUUGAGCUCCUGACUGGCAGCCCACCCUUCUCUGGCCCUGAUCCAAUGAAAACCUACAACAUCAUCCUGAGGGGCAUCGACAUGAUCGAAUUCCCAAAGAAAAUUACCAAAAAUGCUGCCAACCUCAUCAAAAAGCUAUGCAGGGAUAAUCCUUCUGAACGACUGGGAAACUUGAAAAAUGGUGUCAAAGACAUCCAAAAGCACAAGUGGUUUGAGGGCUUUAACUGGGAGGGCUUGAAGAAGGGGACGUUGACACCUCCUAUUAUCCCCAACGUCACGUCAGCGGUUGACACGAGUAACUUUGACAGCUUCCCAGAGGACAACGAGGACCCGCCCCCCGACGACAACUCCGGUUGGGACGUCGACUUCUGAACAAGACACUCUUGUUUGUUGGAAGCAAACACGGAGGUUUAGAAGGAGGAGGGAUGGCACGCCCUGUUGGGGCUCACCGAUAAAUGCCUUUAUUUCACUGUGGCUCCUCCCCCCACCCCUGGAUCAAGCAUUUCUAGCGGGACAGCUGUAGCACAUGUUCAAGUGUUGUCUUACACUCGGCUCAAAGGCGGAGAACGUGCAGGGAUCCACACACACACACACACACACACACACACACACACACACACACACACACACUGAGAAAGAUGAGUGAUGACGGAGCCAAACUCCCCAUGCGAAUGUUUCUUCUUCUUCAUGUGUUUUUUAUGUUUUGGAGUGAAAAUAUGAACGUUGGUGUCCUUAUCAUCCACUGGCUUUCUACCAAGUGCUCUCGACUAACCUGAAUGUCGCCUCGUACGUUUUCCACAGGCUCAGAUAGUUAGCAUUUUACAAUAAAAGCACAAACCAAGUGCCCUGUUUGACGACUAACACACACGUGCGGAUGGACAAGAUGCACUUCACACCGUCUUUAAGAUCAUUAUUAUUAUUUUGGAUGAAUUGAUAGCAAAAGUGCACUUUUUUGGAAUUGUGCCCAUCAUCUGCAAUCCUUAUGUGAGAUGCGCACACUUUCUCUUUUCUGUGCCUUCUAAAGAUAUAAAAACAGGUAAAAAGAGGCAGCUAAUGAAUGCAGGUAAUGGGACGCGCCUAUGAAAACACUUCCAAAAAGCUCCAACAAGGUUUAGUGGUUUUCUAUGCAUGCUAACAGCUACAUUCAUGAUAACAUGUCAUACUUGUAGUAUUUUGGGAACUUCCUUCCUGGAUGCAUUGAUUUCACAUAGCAACAUAGAAAGGAACGCUACACCUAGCAUCAAAAACACCAACACAGCUCCAAUAUGUAGCAUUACCUUUGGCUAAUGUGUGGUGAAGCUACUUUCUAAACCAGCUAGUAGCUAGCCGCUGUGGUGUGGUGAGGUGUCACUACGCCAGUAAGGUAGUUCUUGGGUGUAACAAUGUUAAUAACAAUAAUAAUAACAAUGUGCUUCAUAUGCAUCACAUUAUGGAAAUGGAGCCUUGUUGGUGCUUUUUGGAGGUUUUUUUCAGGUGUGUCCCAUUACGUGCAUUCUUUUUACCUGGUUUUCUAUCUUUAGAAGGCACAGAAAAGAGAAAGAUGUUUGUUCAUGUCUCACAUAAGGACGAUGGAUGAUGGGCAACAUUCCAAAAAAGUUCUUUUCUUUUAAGGGUGCGAUCACACUUGUCAUGUUUGCUUCGGUUAAAAGGAACUUUGCUGCAGUUUGAAUCAUCCAAACCCUGCUGUGCUCCAAGUAAGACCGCUUGGGUCUUGGUCCGCAUGCGAGGGUCGUGGACGCUCCAAACGGGCCAAACACACGGGGCGGUGCAAAAAUGGCAGCAAAAAGCAAGCAGAGAUGACAAAUACACUCCUCAUCAAAAUCUUAAGAGCAGUUGAAACAGUGCAAGAAUGUACAUUUUGCACUGUUGGAUCUUACGGAGGUUCUUAUUCAAGUUUCAAAAUGCAAAAAGGAGAAGUGGGAGUGAAGCAAAAAAGCAAUUUAUCGCAAAGAAGCAUUCAAGUGAAAUAGGCUUAUCAUCAGCUGGUCAGAACGUUUAAAAAGUCGAUAUCAAAAAAAAGAAGCAGAAAGUUAUCGGUAUCGUUUUGAAAAAGGAUCUCUUGUCCAAAGCACGAGUGUGAACGCAGCCCAGCAUUAAUAACGGCACAUCAGAAUGCCUUCAACACAUCACCUGGAUGCCUCUUCCUAGCCCUCCGCCGUCAUGGCGCCGUGUCGUUGUCUAUGGUGCUCUUAUUCAUUCAUCACCACACUAAAGACACUGAUUUCUUUUCUCUCGCUUAUUAAAAAAAUACAUAUUUAGCUGUACUUUUUAUUAUUUUUUGGCCGUUCAGUGUUGAUUUUAAAAGUGCAAAUGCAAGAAAAAGACUUUUGGGAGCACCGACGAGCGCCAUUAUCCCUCAUCUUCAGGACUAACAAUCAGAAUCAGUGGAAGUGCCUUAAAUCAAUGGCAUAGAAAAAAGAACAAGGAUUGGCACAAGGCCUUUCUGAUGCUGCAUGAACACACACACACACACACUUCACACACUUCACAGCACCAUGUGUCCUCUCAGAUGGCUGCAUCGUUACGUCAGGAAUCCACAGCAAAGACGCCCGCAGGCCGUGCGACUGCAAUGACGUGCUUUAACACGUUUAACAAACAACACGUCACAUCCAAAAUAAAGCGAGAAUGAUUUGCAGUUGUGUCAGCUGCUUGCUUUGGUUUGAACAUUUGAGGUCAUGAAUAGCACACGUCAUCCAGUCCCAUCCAUGUUGAUGAAGAAAUCGAAAAUGACAGCUUCCUGUAGGCACGACUAUUGUUCUUUUUUAUUGAAUUAACUUUAUGAAGGCAAGCUUUGUUUCAGUACAACACUCACUUAAAUCAAGGAGCAUCUCUUUUCAUUUCAUACACGAUAACACAACCACAGCUUGUUUUAUUUAUUAUUGGUCCUUUUCAAUCAUUUGAAUAAUAAAAUACUAGCAAGAAAAUGCUCACUGUUGAAUUAUGUUGUGUUUUAUUUUGAUGCAGGUUUACCUAAAACAACUGGUUUAUGUCUUGUUUGAGCCAACUUCUCUGCCAAUAUUUUUGCCUGCUGUUGUGCUGUUUUUGUUGCAGUAAUUCGUUUUUGCCAAGUGCCACAUGUAUCUUUUUUGGAAUUAUCCAGUAAAACGGGAAAAAACAACUAUAACGUGUUUGUAGUUAUUUUACAUUGUGAUGAAUAUCAUUAGAAGAUUGGGAUGUGUGGAAUGACUUAUUUAGGACAACACUGCCACAAACAGUCAACAUGUGCAUGCAUCGUUUUUUUAGGGGUUUCUUUAAAUGUAUUUUUUAUUUUUGCAGCAAUGGUCAUUGUAUUGUGUUGAGUAGCUUGUUUUUGUGGCACUGUUUGGUGCGGAAAAAUAAGGAAAACAAGAAAAAGUAUUCAAAUGUGUAUUUCCGAGAGUGACCACAUGAGGGCGCUGCAGGCAAAGCGACACAAACUAACAACCAGCUAACAUCAGGCAUCUUUAGCAUAUUCACCCCUAAAUUAAAUGUUUGUCACUUAAUGAUACGUAUAUAUUAUUCAUAACUUUUUAAGGCGUCAUUUACAUGAAACGGUGUGUUUUAUUCGAGUAAGUGACAAGUGUUUAUUU